AUGGCGGGGCAGACCAAAAUCUACCAACACGCCGACUCCGACGGACACUUCCGACGAAAACCCUCCGUGUUCCGCUCCUUCAUCCCGUCCGCCGACUUCCCGCCCGAGAAGGACCGCUACGUGCUGUACCUGAACCUGACAUGUCCCUGGGCGCACCGCACCAACAUCGUCCGCUCGCUCAAGGGCCUCGAGUCGAUCAUCCAGCUCGUCGUGCUGGACCCAGAGCUGGGGCCCGACGGGUGUUUUUUCUCCGGGCGCGAUGGCUCCGAUGAGAAGGACCCGCUCUACGGCUUCAAGUACCUGCGGGAUCUGUAUCUCAAGGCCGAUCCGUCGUACGAGGGCCGGUACACGGUUCCCGUCCUCUGGGACAAGAAGAAGGAGACGAUCGUCAACAACGAGAGCAGCGAGAUCAUCCGCAUGUUCUACACCGCGUUUGACGAAUUCCUGCCCGAGGAUCUGCGCGAGAGCAACCGGCCCGGAGGGGGUCUGUACCCAGCACACCUGCGCGCCGCCAUCGACGCGAUGAACGACUGGGUAUACGACAGGAUCAACAACGGGGUCUACAAGACGGGGUUCGCGACCACGCAGGAAGCCUACGACGCCAACGUCUACCCGCUCUUCGACGCGCUGGACCGCAUCGAGGCCCAUCUCGCCCAGCAGCCGGACCACCAGCCCUUCCUGUUUGGCGAGCACAUCACCGAGGCGGAUGUCCGGCUGUACACGACGCUCAUCCGCUUCGAUGUCGCGUACCAUCCUGUCUUCAAGUGCAAUAUCAGGAUGAUCCGCCAUGAUUAUCCGCGCAUCCACCGCUGGCUGCGGAGGCUGUACUGGGAUGAGUCGGAGCGGACGAGGGGUGGGGCGUUUAAGAAGACGACUGCGUUGCAUUUGUACAAACGGAGCUACCUCCUCGCACUGGGCAGAAAACAUGGCCUUGGAGAUGCAGAGAUGAUUGUCCCCGCGGGGCCUAUUCCGGAUAUCCUUCCUUUGGAGGAUGAUGAAAAUCGAAAAGGUCGAAAUGAGGAAAUAGCCUUUGCUCCUAUACCUACCUACAUAUAUGUACAGUCCAUAGUCCAUAGGUUCCAUUCCAUGCCACUACAUAUCUAUCACAUAUUAUCCAGUGAAAUCUACAUAUAA